UGAUUUCUACGUAAAAAAUGGCUGGAAAUUUGGAGGAUCGAGAAAUCUGGGAAGACACUGAACUAACGCUCAGUGAAGAAGUGCUACGAAUGCACACCGACGAGCUUGUAAGCCGUACUCGUCUCAUGGAUAAUGAGAUCAAAAUUAUGAAGAGUGAGGUGGUGCGUAUCAACCACGAACUGCAAACGCAAAACGAGAAAAUUAAGGAUAACACCGAGAAAAUUAAGGUGAACAAAACGCUACCCUAUCUGGUGUCGAACGUGAUCGAGUUACUGGACGUCGACCCUCAGGAGGAAGAAGACGAUGGAGCGGUUGUGGUACUGGACUCGCAGCGGAAGGGCAAGUGUGCGGUUAUCAAGACGUCCACGCGGCAAACCUAUUUCCUUCCUGUGAUUGGGCUCGUAGAUUCAGAAAAGUUAAAGCCGGGCGAUCUGGUCGGCGUGAACAAGGACUCCUACUUAAUCCUGGAGACCUUGCCUGCCGAGUACGACGCGAGAGUGAAGGCGAUGGAAGUGGACGAGCGUCCGACCGAGCAGUACUCCGACAUCGGUGGUCUUGACAAGCAAAUACAGGAGUUGAUCGAAGCAGUCGUCCUGCCAAUGACGCACAAAGACAAGUUCAAAAACCUCGGCAUUCACCCGCCGAAGGGCGUGCUGCUAUACGGCCCACCGGGAACGGGCAAAACGCUGCUGGCUCGUGCCUGCGCUGCUCAGACGAAAUCUACGUUCCUCAAGCUGGCUGGUCCCCAACUGGUCCAGAUGUUCAUCGGAGACGGCGCAAAGCUGGUGCGGGAUGCGUUUGCCUUAGCGAAGGAAAAAUCUCCCGCCAUCAUCUUUAUCGAUGAGCUGGAUGCGAUCGGAACAAAGCGCUUCGAUUCGGAGAAGGCUGGCGAUCGCGAGGUGCAGCGUACGAUGUUGGAACUACUCAAUCAGCUGGAUGGCUUCAGCUCCACGGCCGACAUCAAGGUGAUUGCGGCGACCAACCGUGUGGACAUUCUCGAUCCGGCCCUGCUGCGUUCCGGGCGUUUGGACCGUAAGAUCGAGUUCCCGCACCCCAACGAAGAAGCGCGCGCCCGCAUCAUGCAAAUUCAUUCCCGCAAGAUGAACGUCAGUCCGGAUGUGAACUUCGAGGAACUUGCCCGUUCGACGGACGAUUUCAACGGUGCACAGUGCAAGGCUGUCUGCGUUGAAGCCGGUAUGAUCGCCCUGCGUCGAUCUGCCGUCUCGGUCAUUCACGAGGACUUCAUGGAUGCUAUUAUGGAGGUACAGUCGAAAAAGAAGGCCAACUUGAAUUAUUUUGCUUAGAGCGGAAGCUGAGAGAUCUCUUCAAUUCUUCAUUGCUAAUUACUCUAUAAUCCAGUUCAGGUUUGAUGGAAGAUCAGAUAAAAUUACAUUAUUUUCGCACUCCAUAUCUGCCUCGACAUAAAUAAAAACAAAAUUGUAAAAUAAU